UCCUCAGUUGAACUGUCUUUCUCUCUCCAUCUCUAUCUCGAGAUAUCUUUCAAUUUCGUACAGCAGAGGAUUGGAUCAGAUCCUUUCUUCCUUCCUCUACCUCUCUCUCUCUGUUGGUUUCUGAUCUCUUGCUUCGAGUUUUUAUCUCUUGCUACCUAUCCGAAACUUUUCUGCUAUGAAAAGGAAUAUUCCGUGACUAUAUCCUCAAGAUCGCUUUGGGAAGUCAGGUUGCUUGGUGAAGUUAGAUUCUCUAUAAAGGUGCUCGGUCAGGAAUUCUUUCUGUAAAUUCAGUUCACUUUGGGGAGAUCAGGAAAAUGGCUCAGAUUUUGCUUCAUGGGUCGCUUCACGUCACGAUCUACGAGGUGGAUAAGCUAUCUUCCCGACAUGGUGGUUUUUUCCAUCAGAUUGUUGAAAACAUUGGCAUUGGCAAAGGGACUCCCCAACUAUAUGCAACAGUUGAUCUAGAAAAAGCUAGAGUUGGCCGGACCAGAAUGCUGAAAGAAAAUGCCAAUCCUCAGUGGAAUGAGUCCUUUCAUAUUUACUGUGCACAUAUGGCUUCUAAUGUAAUCUUCACUGUAAAAGAUGAUAAUCCUAUUGGUGCAACCUUAAUUGGAAGAGCUUAUAUACCUGUUGAAGAAAUCCUAAAUGGGGAGGAAGUAGAUAGAUGGGUUGAAAUCUUAGAUGAAGACCGCAAUCCUAUACAUGGGCAUUCUAAGAUUCAUGUGAGGCUACAAUUUUUUGAUGUUACUCAUGACCGUAAUUGGUCUAUGGGAAUCAAGAGUUCCAGAUUCCCUGGGGUCCCUUACACGUUCUUCACACAGAGACAAGGAUGCAAAGUUACACUCUACCAAGAUGCCCAUGUCCCAGACGGAUUUAUCCCAAAAAUCCCUCUUUCUGGAGACAAGUUUUAUGAGCCGCAUAGAUGCUGGGAGGAUAUCUUUGAUGCUAUCACUAAUGCGAAGCACUUGAUUUACAUAACUGGGUGGUCAGUGUAUACUGAGAUCAGUUUGAUAAGGGACACAAGGAGACCCAAGCCUGGGGGAGACAUUACCCUUGGAGAGCUGCUCAAGAGGAAAGCCAGUGAAGGUGUCAGAGUUCUAAUGCUUGUUUGGGAUGACAGAACCUCUGUGGGUUUACUGAAGAAGGAUGGCUUGAUGGCUACUCAUGAUGAAGAAACUGCCAAUUACUUCCACAACACUGAUGUCCACUGUGUCUUGUGCCCUCGUAAUCCUGAUGAUGGAGGGAGCAUUGUUCAGGACUUACAGAUCUCUACCAUGUUCACCCAUCAUCAGAAGAUUGUUGUGGUGGAUGGUGAGAUGCCCACUGGUGCAUCAGAGCAGAGGAGGAUUGUGAGUUUUGUUGGAGGUAUUGAUCUCUGUGAUGGGAGGUAUGACACAGCAUUCCAUUCCCUUUUUAGGACCUUGGACACAGCCCACCAUGAUGAUUUCCAUCAACCCAACUUUACCGGUGCUUCAAUCGGUAAGGGUGGCCCAAGGGAGCCAUGGCAUGAUAUACAUUGCAGGCUAGAAGGGCCUGUUGCUUGGGAUGUAUUGUACAAUUUUGAGCAAAGGUGGAGGAAACAAGGAGGAAAGGAUGUGCUUGUUCAGCUAAGAGAACUUGAUGACAUUUUUAUUCCCCCGUCCCCAGUAAUGUUCCCAGACGACCGUGAAAUAUGGAAUGUCCAGUUAUUUAGAUCAAUUGAUGGCGGUGCAGCAUUUGGCUUUCCUGACAAUCCUGAGGAAGCUGCCAGAGCAGGGCUUGUCAGUGGGAAGGACAACAUCAUUGACCGCAGCAUUCAGGAUGCUUAUAUAAAUGCAAUUCGACGGGCAAAGAAUUUCAUUUACAUUGAAAACCAGUAUUUCCUUGGAAGCUCUUUCUGCUGGAAACCGGAGGACAUCAAGGUUGAGGAUAUUGGUGCCUUGCAUCUUGUCCCAAAGGAACUCUCACUGAAGAUUGUUAGCAAAAUUGAAGCAGGGGAAAGGUUUACCGUUUAUAUUGUGGUCCCAAUGUGGCCAGAGGGGAUCCCAGAGAGUGCUUCAGUUCAGGCAAUAUUGGAUUGGCAGAGGAGGACAAUGGAGAUGAUGUAUGCUGAUGUCAUUCAAKCCCUACAUGCUAAGGGGAUUGAAGCAGACCCCAGAGAUUAUUUGACAUUUUUCUGCCUUGGGAAUCGGGAAGUGAAGAAGAGUGGAGAGUAUCAACCUUCUGAGGAGCCAGAAGCUGAUACAGAUUAUAGCAGAGCUCAGCAGGCCCGGCGUUUCAUGAUAUACGUCCAUACCAAGAUGAUGAUUGUUGAUGAUGAAUACAUUAUCAUUGGAUCUGCCAACAUCAACCAGAGGUCAAUGGACGGUGCCAGAGAUUCUGAGAUUGCCAUGGGAGCUUUCCAACCAUAUCAUCUAGCAACGAGGCAACCAGCCAGGGGUCAGAUCCAUGGCUUCCGAAUGGCAUUGUGGUAUGAGCAUAUUGGCAUGCUUGACAAUUCCUUCCUGCAGCCUGAGAGUGUGGAAUGUGUCCAUAAGGUGAACCGGAUGGCUGACAAGUACUGGGAGCUGUACUCAAGUGACAUACUGGAACAAGAUUUGCCUGGCCAUCUGCUCAGGUACCCCAUUGCAGUCACCGAAAACGGAGAGAUCACCGAGCUUCCAGGGACUGAGCACUUCCCUGACACAAAGGCCCGUGUCCUUGGCACCAAAUCUGACUACCUUCCCCCAAUCCUCACUACAUAACAAGAUAAGCUACAGUUCUCUACUUAGGGUGAUACACUCUUCUGUUCUUAUUACAUCUUUACCAGCAGCAGUUUGUACUUGUAGAGUUAAUAAAUUAUAUGUUUUUGUAAUUUGCAGAAUAAGAGUUUGUAGUAUUGUCAACAGAAGCAACCCCCAAUCCUCAGGUCAACGGAUGUUUGCUUGUUUUUAGUGAUUGUGUUACUGACAGCUUGUUGUUUGCUAGCUUCAUAAAUCAUAAGCAGUUGAUUUAGCUGGUUUUAAAUAAGUGGUAUUGGCUUUCUUUAA